AUGACUCCUCCUCUAUUCCACUCGAACAGUGCGAGCCUUAGAAGGGACCUUUUUCACACGCUUUCAAAGGCAGUGAAAACCAAUUUGGGGAUGCGAUCGGAGCAAUCCAAAGAAAACGCUAAUCACUUAGCACACACAAAAACACUUAUACUCCAAUUAGGAGACAGUUCAACUAGCCUUCAAAGCAGGACUAAUGCGGCUAUCGAAAUAUCUCAAAGGAUUCAUGAGUUUCCAUUGGAAUCGGUGCCAGAUAUCUGGUAUCGCGCAAAUGACCUCAUAGCAGGCCCAGUUCCUAGAGCUACUAGAAGAGUGGCACUUAAUCUACUUGGCUCAUGUUUGCAGAUACUACUACCACAAAUGGACGAUACAACACGACUCGCCUUUUAUUUUAAUAUCAUGGAUAGUUGCCUGAAGGAAACGGAGAAAGGACAGUUGCUUGAUCCAGAUUUGGAUCUUUUCAUGGAAUCGUUAGACAUUUUGACAUCGAACGGCUCGAAAAUAGAACAGUUCUUGAACUUAGAGGAAGAUGGGCUCUCUCUUGACAAGUUUUUGGCGAGAGUUUUCGAAGCCGUCGCAAAUGGUAAUUUAGAAAAGUUGCUUGCAAGAACAUUGAUAAGUAGUCUUCAAUUUGUCACCAGCUGUACUCGUUGUGGCCUUUCAAUUGGAGCUGGCGGAACUAAAUCGAUUAUACAGAUAGCACGCAAAGCGUUCGAUGAAAACGUACUGGUAAACUGCUUGUACUACAUUGAUGUUGUCAUAACAAAAAAACUCAUAACGGAUGAUGGAAUUCUCAUGAAUGUAGUACAAACGUUACUAAAUUCUUAUGGAAUCAAUAACAGAAUACGCCACCAGGUAAAUUCAAUAUUCGUAAACAUAUUGAGAAGUGAUUACCGAGAUUCAUCAUUACGAAUCUUAAUAGACUUAGCUGCCUGCUCUGAAAAACCUGCUGAUGUCCAAAAUGCUCUAAAUCUACUUAUUACACUUAUCUCCGACGAAGAGUAUAAUAAGCAUUUUCUCAAGGAUCCUGUUGAACCAGAUGUAAUCGGUGAUCUACUAACGUCCCUCCUAAACAACCUCGAUUCACAUCGAUCCUUUAAUGGCUCUAAUAUUACAAUUCUCAGGUCUGUGGAAUCUUUGAUCAGCAGUUCCCGAUUUCUGACUUUCAUGAGAGAUUACCCUAAAUUUUGGAAAUCAAAUUCUGACGGUGAGCUUAGCAUUUUUGAACUUUUCAAUGUAACAGUCAGCGACGAAAGGCUGGGUCCCAAUGAGAAAAAAGUUGUUCUGAGUAUAUACCGACUAAUGCUAAAAUUUAUGGAGGAAAACCGAUACAGAGAUAUAGGAAUGGAUCAAUCCGAAGAUAUUGUGGUUUUCUUCUUCCAAAAAAUAGACAUACUGGAUAAUGAUGUGGCCAAGCGAAUUGUUCAAAUGCUUCACCAAAAUUUUGACGCUAUAUCGGCUAUUUCUGAUAUUUUGAAUCAUAUUUUGGACCUUUGUUUCAAUCCCUCAUCUUCGCAAGAGGUCAGAUCGAGUUCAUUUAAGUUACUGUUAGCACUUUUCCAUCACCAGGUUACAAGUCGACGGCUUCAAGACGAUGGGCCCUCCAAAUUCCUUGAACAGUUAUUCUGCGAGCUUAAACCUCAGCAAGAGGACUUCAUAAUAACCAACCUAGCUGAAUUCCAUUACGAAGUAUCAAAAACCAUAAAUCAUGCGAUAUUGGAGGAAUUAGACGUCAACUUUAUCCUCCCAGCAUUUAAGAUGCAGAAUGGAAAAAGGAGAAAAAGCUUGGUAUCAUUGAGUAAUACGUUUUCGAGCGAAACAGCUUGGUCUCAAACUCAGCUUGAAAUUCUUGCCAAAACAAUCGUUAAGUCUUUUGCCUGGAGUGUCGCUUUUGGAUCAGCCCAAAAAUGUGUUCAUUUUUACAACAUGCUUAUCACAAUUGCUGAAUAUGCGAUACAGAAUGAAAAUACCAUUCUACUGCUUAUACCAUCGAGAAUUCUUACAAAAAUCGGAAUAAAUUCUGCCGGUGAAAUAUCGCUCGUAAGCCCAAAAGAGGUUGAAGGAAUAAGUACAGCCCUCGGAAGAAAUGCCAACGUGGAUUCACAGUGUAAUGCGUGCUUGUGGAAAUUUCCUGAGGAAGUAGAUUUUAUACCCUCCGAGUUUUAUGGAGAAUGCAACUCGAAAAUCAAAGUGGUGGGAAAUAGUUUGAACGAUGACCUCAACGCAAUGGACUUGAGAUUAUGGAUAUCUUUAGUCCUCGAAAUACUUGACAAUCCGUCUGGUUGGGAAAUUUACUCUUAUCUGUUAACUUAUAUGUGCCCACAAAUCUCCAACUUGAUUGCUCUUCGGAGUGUUUCGGAUUUGAUAGAGUCUUACGAAAAGCUCUUAUGUCGUCACCUUACUCAAGGGACACCGUCCAAGCUGAAUCUACCCAAAGGACUCUACAAAGGCAAUUUGUAUGUUGCGUUCGUACGGAAUUUAAGCUCUCUUUUGGGAUAUCAUGGCUCAUCUUUAAAAACAUCCUCUGAUGAUUUGGUGAGUGCCUUAAUUCAUGCAUUGCGAUCGUGGGAAAUAACUCUCAUCCCUGUGGUACACAUCUUGACAGUAUGCUGUUAUGAAAUUCCCAACUCUGUAAAAAAGUUCCUGACUCCCAUUCUAGUGCAGCUUCAAACACGUAUCACAAGCUCCCUCAGCAUACCUACAAUCUUAGAGUUUAUGCUCGCACUCCCGGAUUCGCCUUCCAUUAUAUCACAUUUGACAAUUGAUGAGUUCAAGCGGGUGUUUGCCAUCGGAUUCAAGCUAAUUCAAACAUCCAGAGAUCUCCAGAAAAAGGCGCAGGAUGAAAAUAUCGAACAAAAUAUUUCGUAUUCUGAAUUGGGGGCAGAUUUGUCCCCAUCAACAGUUACAUUCAAGAUCAGUAAGCCAAUUGCGCACUUUUUCUUGACCUUAUCUUACAAGUUAAUUUCAAGUUGGCUCCUUCGAAUGAAAAUGGAACAAAGGAAAGAGCUGGCUUCCUUCCUUAACAAAAGUCUAAUUUUGAGUUCACCAAACAGCAACACUUUAGAUCAUGACACGCUUGCUUAUUUGGAUUUCAUUUCUAGAUUCACUCUCUCCGAUGAUGAUUUUGCAGUUACAAGUAUACCCAAUGAUAAUCCACAUGAAUCUAAUAAUCAUUACAGUCUCGGCCGGUGGAUCUGUGGAGACAGCAUCGUGAGCAUAGAAACAGAGACAAACACAGGCAAAUCAUUGGUUACACUCAGAGGCCUAUCAGGCACAAGUGUUAUGGAGGUUGCACCAUUAACUCCAGAUGUUCCCAAAACGUAUGAUCUUUUUUCCUUUGAUAGAGAAGCUCGAUCUGCGUCUUCUCCUUAUAAUUCAACAGGUGGAACUUAUAGCGCAAGUAACAUGUUUGUUCAGCUUUGUGUCACUCGCUCAGCGAUAGAGAAGCCCAUCAAAAUUCCCGAUGAUAAGGUGAUUCUGCGUUCAUUGAGUAUGUUUGAUAAAUUGCCUGUGGAUGAAUUUCAUAAAAUAGGAAUGAUUUACAUGGCAGCUGGUCAAACAAAAGAAAGUGAAGUGCUUUCAAAUACUACGGGCUCAUAUCAAUAUCAUUGGUUUUUAAGUCAGAUUGGCAAAUUUAUCAAACUUGGUGAAUCUGAAAAUAGCUACACCGGUGGACUACAAGGAGGUUCAGAUGGAGAGUAUGCUUUAAUUUGGAACAACAGGAGAACGCAGCUCGCUUUUCACACUACCACGCUGAUGCCAAAUGAUCCCAAUGAUGAGCAUUUCUCUUUGAAAAAGAGACAUGUAGGAAACAAUUUCGUCAACAUCUUCUACGAUGAAUCUGGCUCUCAGGACUUCGAUUUCAACUUGAUUAAAACCCAGUUUAACUUCUUCAAUUUGGUCAUAAAGCCUUACCUUGUAUAUCCUGAUGAUGAUCCGCAAAUCAGCCAACAUUACAAAGUUAGACUCUAUCGAAAAUCUGGAGUUCCGGGAUUGUUUUCAGCGUCACAUUUCAAAGUUUUGAAUAAGGAGGAUGUGGCACAGUACGUGCGACAUGUUGCAAUGAUUGCAAAUACGUUUGCUUUCAAGUGGUUCACUACGAGCACUCCAGAUGUCUGCACUACAUGGGCAGCCAGAUCCAAGCAACUACAAAUGAUUAGGGAUAGGAUAGGCAAGCGAGAACAGGAGAAUAAUGAUUCGUCUGAGCGUAGUUCAACCACGAAAAAUUCCCAUAGUUCUGAUUUGCCAAUGUUACAGAAAUUUGAUUUCAGUUCUUAUACUUAG